AUCAUUCACAACAUCAAUUCAACAAUAGUAGCUUUGAACAAUCCGCAGAUUUAGAAAAGACCUUCAUUACUGUAGUAUUUGAACCAAAUCCACAAGAAUUAGAAAUUUCACCAAUCUGUUAUACGCCCCUAAUCCGCGCAAAACCAUCGUAA